AUGUUCGAUUUGGUGGAAUCAUUUGAAGUGGAAUAUGCUCCAACUUCUAUCAAGAAAUGGAGAUCCAAGAGAACUGGGUUGGAGAUGGUUUAUAUAAACCAACCUUCUCCUAUUGUUAAUGGUUAUUUCACUGUUGCUACAGAGUCUGUAGAUGAUGCUGGUUGCCCUCAUACUUUAGAGCAUCUCAUCUUUCUAGGAUCUGAAAAAUACCCUUAUAAAGGGUUAUUAGACAGUUUGGGUAACAGGCUUUUCUCCACAACCAACGCAUGGACUUCACAAGACCAAACAGUUUAUACCUUGUCCACUGCAGGAUGGGAUGGAUUCAAAACAUUAUUACCAGUAUAUUUAGACCACUUGAUAAAUCCUACAUUAACUGACGAAGGGUGCUUAACAGAAGUUUAUCAUAUCGACGGUAAAGGUGAAGAAAAGGGUGUGGUAUUCAGUGAAAUGCAAGGUACGGAAAAUCAAUCUUGGUCCAUAAGUGAUAAUGCUAUUAAGAAACUCUUAUAUGCCAAAGACUCAGGUUAUUCCAGUGAAACAGGGGGAUACAUGGGUGCUUUGAGGAAACUUACCAAUGAUCAGAUUAGAGAGUUCCACAAAUCUCAUUAUAGGCCUGACAAUUUGAGUGUGGUUAUAUCAGGAUCCAUUGAGGAAUCAGAAUUCGUUAAGAUCAUGGAAGAAUUCGAUUCAACAUUAAUUUCAUUACCUGAGAUCCCAAAUAAAAGACCAUUCGUAGAUUCCCCUCAUGAUGAACCUUUAACUGAAAGCAUUGUUCAAUUUGUUGAUUUCCCAGAAAGAGAUGAAUCAAUGGGAGAAAUAGUUGUAGGGUGGAUCGGUCCUAAAUUUGAUGAUAAUUUAUCUUAUGUGGCUAUAGAUGUUAUGGGAGAUUAUUUCACUGAUUUACCAAUCAGUAUCUUCAAUAAAAAUCUUGUUGAAGUCGAAAAUCCUUCCGCCACAGAUGUUGAUUAUGGUACUAGUGAUUAUUUGAGAACAGGUGUAAGCUUCUAUUUCAGUGGAGUCCCUACUGAAAAGUUACAAGAAGUGGGUGAUUAUAUUCACAAGAUCUUGUCUGAUCAAACUGACGUUUCGAAUUUCGAUUUGAAACUUGUCAAACAAGCAAUUCAUCAACAAAAAUUGAAAAUUAUUUCUGAUGCUGAAAAAUCUCCAUCAUUUUUCAGAAAUUCUGUUAUUGUUGAUUUCCUUUAUAGUGAAAAAGACACUAAGAAUUUGGAAAAAUGGUGCAAAGAUUUAGAUCUUUUCGAUGAAUUAUUAUCUUGGACUGCCCAAGAUUGGUGUAACUUCAUCAAAACUCAAUUUGUCUUGAACAAAUCUGUAACAGUAUUAUGUAGACCUUCUAACAAAUUAAAUAAAUCCAUCAAGUUAGAAGACAAACAAAGGAAAAAGGAUAUCAUUGAGAAAUAUGGGGAAGAAGGGUUGAAGGAAUUAGAAGAUAAAUUAGCAAAUGCUCAAAAGAAGAAUGAUUUACCAAUUCCUGAUACUUUAUUGACCCAAUUUGAAAAGCCUGAUCCUUCAAAAAUUUCUUUCAUCAAUACCAAAUCAUAUAAAUCAGGUAUUAAUGAUUUAAAAGUCGGUUACGAACAAGAUUAUAUCAGUGAAUUGUUAGCCAAGGAUGAGAUUCCAAACAAUCCAUUAUUUUUCCAUUUUGAUCAUUUCAAAUCUGAGUUCGUAACUAUCCAUUUAUCUAUGUCCACCGUUAAUGUUGAUAAGAAUUUAUUACGUUAUUUAUCAGUAUUGGAAGAGAUUUUCAGUAUGUCAAUCCAAUUACCUGACCAUACUUACAUCUCCUUUGAAGAGUUGAAUUCUUUAUUGAAUGACGAUUUGAUUGAAUUUUCUUUGGACAAUGGGUUUGAAAACAAUUUCUUGGAAACAUUGACUAUCAAAGUCAAAUGUGAAUAUUCUAAAUAUGCUAAAGCUGUUGAUUGGAUAUUGAAAAUAAUGAAAUACAACUUACUCGAAGAAAAUAGAAUGAAAAUCAUUGUCGAGAAGAUUAUUAACUCCUUACCUGAAAAGAAAAGAGAUGAUGAAUACAUGAUGUAUUCUAAACAAUAUAGAACUUUAUUCAAUGCAAAUUCUACUAGAAAAGCUCAAGAUUCCAUCCAUAAUGAAGAAUUUUAUCAUACCAUGUUAGAAAACAUCAAACAAGGACAAUUCUCCUCCAUUGCUGAAGAAAUAAACGAAUUCAAACGUCAAUUAUUCCAAAUCAAUAAUAUCAGAGUGUUUGUUAUUGGGAACGUUGAAAAAUUGGAGAACCCUAUCUCCUCAUGGUCUCCAUUCAUUGAAUUAUUCAAAUCUGAAUCCAAAAAAUUAGCUGAGAUUAGAAGCUCACAUGAAUAUAGAUCACAGAUUGGACUUGAAUGUAGUAAGAAAGGGUAUGUGACUGUUGUUCCGGCAGCUGAUUCUACCCAUUUAGUAUCUUCAACAAGAAUACCAACUGAUUACUUGGAUGAAGAUAUUUUCAAAAUAGCUUUAGCAUCUGAAUAUUUGAGUGCUAUUGAAGGACCAUUCUGGAGAGGUGUAAGAGGUACUGGAUUAGCUUAUGGAGUUUCGGUUGCCAGAAGUCUUGAAUCAGGUUAUUUGAAUUAUACCAUUUAUCGUGGUAGUGAUGCAACUCAAGCAUGGUCAGUAAGUAAGAAGAUUGUUGAUGAUCUUGCCACUGGCGUUGUUAACUUUGAACCAAUCAGUAUUGAUAAUUCUGUUUCUGCUAUUAUAAAUGCUUUAACAGAAUACGAAGCCAACGUUAUUGAUGCAUCAGUUACCAAAAUUAGUGAUUUGAUCUUUAGACAACGAGGUUCUAAUUAUAAACAAUUAUUGAUUGGAAAAUUGAAACAAGUAACCAAAGAAGAUUUGAUUUAUAUAAUGAAAAAGUAUUUCCAACCUUUAUUUGAUGCUGAAUCAUCAGUAUUAUUUGCCAGUGUAUCACCAUCAAAGACCCUGGAUAUUGAAAAGUUUUUGAGUGGUCAAGGGUAUGAAGUUGAAGUUGAAGAAGUCAACGUUGAAAACGACGAGGAUGAAGAUGGAGAAAAUUCUAUGGAUGAAGAAAACUCUAUGGAUGAAGAAGAAACAUCACUGGAAUCCGACGAUGAGUAG